CCCCUCCCUCCGCGCCAGGCCCCGCCCGCCCCGCCCCCACCUGGGUGCGCUUGCUAAUCCGCUCAGACCGAGAAGAACCUGAGAAUCAGGGCCGGCUGGGGUUCCCAAGCAGGUUUGGGGGCCUUCCUCUGGUGAGAGAAGCACCUGCUUGUCACUUGGGAAAGAGAAUCACUUGUUCGCAGCCAGAGAUUCUGGAUUUAGUCCGAGCAGGUUGCGGCUUGCUAGGCGAUGCGUCGCCACAGUUCCAAGAGUGGAGUCGCUCUGCCUCCGGUGGGCCAAGGUCCUGAGGCUUGCCAGAUGCUCACUCGAGCUCAGCUCGGCCAGGAUCCCCCACAGAGAACCGUGCUAGGGGUGUUGACUGAAAAUGAGCAGUACAGGAGGACCUGUGGCCAGGAGAUCACAACAAUCAGAUGUUUUUCUGGAUCAGAAAAUGUCUUCCCUGGGGCUGGAAAGAAAGUGCUCCCUGACCAUGGGGUCAACGAGCCAGCCAAGCAUGGAUUUGAUAUCUACAUGGAUGAGCCCGAACAGGGGGACCGAGACAGCUGCCCAGCGAGAGAGGGGAUAGUAUUCGAGGAUGUGUACGAAGUAGACACAAGCAUGCUCAAGUCAGACCUCCACUUCCUGCUGGAUUUCAACACAGUUUCUCCAAUGCUGGUCGACUCCAACGCCCACGCCCAGUCAGAGGAAGCGACAGAUUUUGGCUCAGACGUGAUUAAUGUAACGGAAUAUGCUGAAGAGAUUCAUCGUUACCUGCGAGAAGCAGAAGUAAGACACAGACCCAAGGCUCACUACAUGAGGAAGCAGCCGGACAUCACGGAGGGCAUGCGCGCCAUCCUGGUGGACUGGCUGGUGGAGGUUGGGGAAGAGUACAAACUUCGCACGGAGACCCUGUACUUGGCCGUCAACUUCCUGGACAGGUUUCUUUCCUGCAUGUCUGUUCUGAGAGGGAAGUUGCAGCUUGUCGGGACAGCCGCCAUUCUCCUGGCCUCGAAAUACGAAGAGAUAUACCCACCCGACGUGGACGAGUUUGUCUACAUCACUGACGACACGUACACAAAGCGACAGCUCCUGAGGAUGGAGCAUCUGCUACUGAAGGUUCUAGCAUUUGAUCUGACUGUUCCCACCACCAACCAGUUCCUCCUUCAGUACUUAAGGCGGCAAGGAGUGUGCAUCAGAACCGAGAACCUGGCCAAGUAUGUUGCAGAACUGAGCCUUCUCGAAGCUGAUCCAUUCUUGAAAUAUCUUCCUUCCUUGGUAGCUGCAGCAGCUUACUGCCUGGCAAACUAUAUUGUGAACAGGCACUUCUGGCCAGAAACCCUCGCCGCAUUUACAGGCUAUUCCUUAAGUGAAAUUGUGCCUUGCCUGAGUGAGCUGCAUAAAGCAUGCCUCAGUAUACCCCAUCGACCUCAGCAAGCCAUCAGGGAGAAGUACAAGACUUCAAAGUACCUGCACGUGUCCCUCAUGGAACCGCCUGUGGUUCUUCCUCUGCAGUGAGCGGCAGAGCUGAAGUACCGCCGGGACACAAGAGCCACGUCAGCAGGCUUGCUCUGAAUCGGUACAGGUCUCCGCAGUUUGGGUCAACGAAUGUCGGUUGUAGACAACAUCUUGAAUGUGUAAAUGUUAGGUUCUCUUAGACUUUGGUAGUUUGUAAUUUAUAUAGACAUAGACAAGCAUUUUAAAAGAAUAAACAACUUGCUGUAUA